GCCGAACCCGUCCUCCCUGCCUUCAAAACUCCCUCUCUUGAUCUUCUCUUCUUCUCUCUUUACCAUCACACAAAGAAUAUGAAAAAACAAUCAUCUUCUUCCAACCGGACGGCGAAGUCGCCGGAACAUCUCCAUGCAAAGACCAUCGGAUGUAUGUCCGGCAUUUUCCAUUUCCUUUACAAGUUCCGCAAUCGCAGAAAGCUCCUCACCUCCGGGAAAAAGGAGGAGUCGGAAAGAGCGCGAGAAUCAGUGAAAAUUCAAGAGAGAGCAGAAGAAAACGUACUUAGGAGUCCGGCACUGCCGGCGGAGAUCCGAACGCCGCCGAGCACGGUGGUGACGAGGCUGAUGGGGGUGGAAUGUGAGAGUGAAACAGCGGAGGAGAAGAGAAGAAAGUUGGUGGGAGCAUUGGAGAAGUGCGAUGAGGAAUUGAAGACGGUUCAGAGGAUUAUUGAAGUCAUGAAGCGCAGCGUCAGCGUCGGAAGUGAUGACGAGCUAAUCGGCCAUAACGUAUCGGCGGCUGCAGACUUCGCUCUGUCCCCUGAUAAUACCAACCUUCAUAACUCCAAUUCCAAAAUCGGAAGACCGAGUAUCCAGCGGCAAGAGAAGCAACAACAAAAUAAGAAGCCAGGAGAAGAGGAAGAAAUCACCAAUACAUGCUUGGUUGAUAGAUUCACAAUGGAUUGGGUUGAUGCAGAAGGGGAGAAUGUAGUGAGAAGAAAAGCCAUGAUAGACAAUGUAAACCAGGUCUGCAGUGAUAUUGCAUGGGGAGAGAGACGAGAAAUUGGCAGAAUAGGGCUGGCUUUACAAGAUUAUAUAUUCAGGGAUUUGAUCGAAGAGAUCGUUAGAGAGAUGGGUAAUCAUUCUAUUCAUUUACUGCCGUUUGAGGCAUGUAAAAGAAGAUUGUGUUUCUAAUGUGAUUCGGGGCAAUCUUCGAACAUCGAAAUGCCAGAAUGGACGCAAAGCUAACAGGUGAUAUGGUAGAACGAAAACAGUAUUUUUCAGGUUAGACAACAAAAUAGGAGUUCAAUUUGACUUAUGAAUUUACUAACUGCUCUUAAUAUGUUACUUCAUUAAUUACAUUUUUAGCAAGACAAUGUUGUACGCACCUGGCCCUUGUGG